AUGCCGGUCCUUCCUGACAAGAACGAACAACCUAGGUACUCCGUGAUCCGAAACAAGGUUGGUGAAAUGGCGAAUACGGAACGUGUCGAGAAGCGUGGUAGCGCUGCUACCGUACGACAAAGAGCAAAGCCGCAACGAGGGUAUAUGCUAGAGUCGUUGCUGCAAGCGAGCAACGCAGCGCAACCCCAAUUCCAGGACCAGCCACUACAACCAGCAGCAGAUCCUGCAGUACCAGCAACAGAUUGGGUCACCAAAUUACGCCAUGAGCUUCCAUCUGUACCUCGACCAGACUUCCCUGAACUCGAGGCGCUUUACGGAGAGACUUUAUUUGCAGCCCAUAGUUUACUGCCGAGUUCAGAUGAAAUUAAUGGACCCGAAUUCGCGUCGAGCACGAGUACGAAUGUCUUCACCAGCGAUGACUUAGCAACCAUGGCUUUGGAUAAUACCGAGCCCUCGACCGACUUCCAGGAGGACAUUGCAUUCUUCCAUAAUCCUCAUGAGCCUAAUGUCCUGUUCAAAAGCGAUACCUGGAUACCUCCACCGCUUCCUUUGGAGCCUGCAUGUGACGGAUAUUUACCACCCCCAGAGUUAGGCACUACUUUACUAUCCGAGUUCCUAGUGGACUUCAACACGGCCUAUCCGCUCUAUCGUCCUCACGUUAUAGCGGAUCAUCUCCGCGUCUGCUAUAGCGGAGCGUCCGAUGGCUCGGCCGUGGCUUGGUGCAGUGCAUACGUAGUAUUUGGUUUGGCGUACAUGCUUCGAGGAUCGAGCGCAACUGCAACAAAGCAAGACAAUGAGCUUGCAAGAUAUUAUCUCGCCCGUAACUACAUCAGUCUAAACAGGCUACUUCUUUCAUCGCCAUCUCUCGGACUGGUACAAUGCCUCAUAGGUGUAGCACUGCUUGUCCAAAGCACGCCGUGCGGUCGGAAUGUUCCGGAUGGGCACUUCCUUUCCACUUCGCUACGUGUAGCACAAAGUAUGGCCUACCACGACGACGAGAGCGAUUUGUCUGACAAGGAUCGCGAUGUUGAACAAGAACGUCGCGUCUUCUGGCUUGGCUUCAUUAAUGACACAAGCACUAGCAUGUUGUCUGGUUCCCCAACUACACAACGGCGAGAAGAUAUCGUAGCACCGAAACCAGACGAAAACCCCGCUGACAGUCUUGGCGCAGUGAUUGCCGCAGAGGGACAUUGGAAGGUCAAUAUAUUCUCAUUGCGUCUUAAUCUUGCGUUACUGCAAGCCGAAGCUAUUGAGCAGGUGCUUUCGGCGAAGGCCCGGAACACCGCACCUUUAGACAUCGAUGCCGCCGCCACUAUCGUUCUUUCUCGCCUGAAAUCAUUCCACAAUCAUGAGCUUUUUAACCUCAGCCCUGAUCAGCUCUUUCAGUUAUUAUACCGAUCGGACGUCGCACACACAGUAAGCCUUGAGGCGUCCUACUUCGCGACAGUGUAUCGACUGCAUGCAUUCAUGGCCCUGGACAAAAACUCGAGGAUAAAUCCAUUCACGGCAGACGCUUUGCGUCGUCUUUCAGCAAUGAAAGAGCAGAAGAGCAGUCUGGAAGCAAAGCGCUUGCUGAGUCUGCUUCCCAUUGCACCUCGUGGAGACGUGGGUCUGUACUGGAUGGAGCAUCGAUCCUUGGUCGCAGCUCUAGUGACAGUCCUGGCCCACCAUGUCAACAACCCGACUGAACCGGCGCCGACCAAAGAUGAGCAGCGAGGAUAUAACGAAUUGAUUGCAGACCUUGGAACCUUGGUGGAGAGGAGUGUUGCAAGCUCCGAUUGUUUCAUGGCGCAAGCCAGAGCGCUCUGUAUGGAGCUGUUCGCCAGGCUUGAGACGAGUUUGCGGAUAGAGUUGCUGCAGAAAUCAGCUACACAUCAAGACAAGCUCACGAUGUCUGCCUCAUGA